CGUUGAUAAGAUAACGUCAUUCUCUAUUUUUUUCUUUCAAUGAAUAAUCCAUUACAAUGAAUUCUUGUUUCCAACGGAAAUGUGUUGCUACGAUGUUCAGGGUGUAGGUUUCGCCGGGUAUACGUUGCUGUAACAGCAGUUAUCGUCAUCUCUGUACUGAUUAUCGGUGGAAUCAUUGGAGUCGUCUUUGGUAUUAACGGAAAUGUUACCCAAGAUCCGAAACCAUAUGAAGAUAUGACCCAUACCACGAGUGAUACUGCCUUCUCGAAUCGUUCCGCGAUGGCCGAUACAAUCGGUACCACUGGUCCACCUUUUCGGUGGAGUACCGAGACUACUGCAAUGGCUGAUCGCUCGUACAUUUACACGCCGACUCCAUCUGUGGAUACGGUCGGUACCACUGCUCCGCCUUUCACCGGGACUACUGGAAUGGCUGAUACUACGUCGACACCAUCUGUGGAUACGCCCGUUACCACUGAACUAUACAGCACCGAGACUACUGCAAUGGCUGAUUCUACGUCGAUACUAUCUGUGGAUACCACCGGUACCACUGGACCAUACAGUACCAGGACGACUAGAAUGACUGAUUCCUUGUUCACGACACAGACUACAGUUUCGCCAGCCUUCAGCAGUACACAAGAAAGUUCCGGAGACCCGAUCGUUUUUGGCAGGGAGGGAUCAGGCCUGGGAGAAUUUAAUGGUAACAAUGGCGUGGCCGUAUCUGCGAACAAUGAGAUAUUUGUGACAGACCUGCACAACAAACGAGUCCAAUAUUUUAGAAUGGAUGGGACUUAUCUCGGCAAGUUUUCAACCGUGGUGCCUGGUGAAGAUGGGAUUGUCAUGCGGCCUUACGAUAUUGCAAUUGACGGAAAAGCUAACUUGUGGGUAGUGGGGAAAGUUAUCUAUACGAGUGAGAGACCUGUGCGCCUUGCUGUAUAUGUGGUGCAGUAUAGUCGUGACGGCCGUGCAGGUAUCAAGUUCGACAUACCCCGCCGUUAUGACCCUUGGAUGCAAACCAUUACAGUAGACACAACCAGGGACAAAAUCAUCGUGGUAAACUUUGAUACAGUAUACACGUAUCGUCUAAAUGGCGACUUUCACGACAGUUUUAAAAAGAUAAAAGGACGUUUGGUAUCAUACGUCACAUUGGACAAAGAAGGAAACCUUCUUCUUACGCAUGACGCUCCCAAAGGUUCAGGUGGUGUCAAUGUGUACAGUCAGUCUGGUACGUUCUUAUUCAAAUUUGGAGUCCAAGGUAACGGUCAACUGCGUGAUCCCCAAGGUAUCUGUGUGGACACCUUUGGUAACAUACUAGUGGCGAACAAGGAAGAGAGGCGGGUUGACAUGUUCACCAGCCGUGGGAAAUUUGUCCGCACUGUCGUCAACGUUGGAUAUAAUGAUAUUGCUUUGGGACCAAAUGGACAUUUAGUGGUGAAUAAUGCUGACAACACUGUUAUUAUUUUCCCACCCCAGAUGGUAUUGGGAAAUUAACGUUCCACGUUUUCAUCACUGUGGCACAUUCAGUACUAACAUUGCUGUUCUCAUUAUUCUUUGAUAAUAUAGACCUUGUAGAAGACCUCAUACAGAAAGAAUGUACUGAAAUUUGUGUAUCUGUCUGUGAACUCUUAAAAGUAACAGAUACACAAGUAGAGUGUGAUUUGAUGUAAGUGGGUCUGAUAACUGUCAGUUCAGUUCAGUCACCAGUGUGAAAGGAUUUAGUUUUCGCAAUACUUUUCUAGAAUAUGACACGUCGGCAGAAAUUACAAAUUAUCAGUCAUUGUCUGAUGAACGCCUUAGAGCUACCACUGAUUUUGUUUACGUAAUUAUAUAUAAACAACCCUUUAGUUACUUCAUACUCUUCGCGCGUUCUAAAACCAAUCAGAAGCCAUUCUUCAGACGAAUACGCGAUGAUGAUGGUAGUGAUGAUGAUAAUGGUAAUGAUAAACUUCAUUGCACAACGGUUGCACACUAGCCAGUGUACAACGUACGUAUGGCAUAUUCUGCCACACAACCAGACUAACUUACGAAAGACUUUAUAUGUAUGAACGAGAAUGUUCUUGUACAGAAAUUGGUGGAAUUUCUAACGUUUAGGAAUGUUUAUAUGUUGUCGUAUAUGUACAUUUUAGAGGUUGUCACAUGUCAAUAUAUAUAUAUCUUUGAAUCCGUUGAGAGAAAUCAGAGUAUGGUUGAUGAUAGAUCCACCUUUAUAUUGAAACACAAGAUAUAUUGGAAGUUUGUUUGUUUAUCAUUCAUUUUAGAUUGUCCUAUCAAAAUUCUCAACAAGUCAAAAUGUUGAAUGCGUCUUCUACCAACAGGCACUGGUAUUACUACAUAUAUAUAUAUAUAUAGCUUAUAUUAUAUACUUUUGUACAGAAAGGAUCGGUAUGAUAGUUGAAACACAAGUAUUCUCUUCCGAAUGUAAUUUUCGCUUGCUUUAUCUGUGUGGCAGUAUUAUAGUAAUGAUCGUAUUGCAACGAGAGCCAGAACGGGUUAAAAUGAACAUUGUGUAAUAUGUAUGAAUGUUACUUAUCAAUUUAGAAGCCUUAAACUUAGCACUCAAGGCUGUAUGGAUUCCUAAAAUGUAUUCUUUACGCAAGUUGGUUUUGAAGGAAGAUGUUAAACCAUUUUAUAGAUACACCAACUGUAUGUAGUUUGUAUGGUCUUAGACAGACUCAUGGAGCUCCUUGGGGUGCACUAGUCUGUGUGGCACAAACUCUGCUGUCCAAGGCUGUAACUGGCCCCUCCCCCUGGCUGUUGGGCAGGCUACUUUAAGCGAGAUUUAAUCAGGUUAGGGGUGCGCAUGUCGCACCGGUGCAAAGGUUGGCAAAGCUGUGGGAGGAUUUAAUAUUAAAGGUAAAUAUUAGUUUAAAAGUGUCUUGUCUGGGUCGAUCGCUAAAGGGGGGGCGAAAACACUCGUGAUCCCCCUAUGGUGAUGAUGGCUCUUCUCUUGCCAUUCUUAUACAAUAGCACUCGCAAAAAUAAAGGCCAAUUGAAAAGACCGAAACACAGAAACAAAAGACACAUGCUGGAUAUGAAGGCAAGGAACGAAUGAAGUACUAGUAGCUACAUUAACGUUUGUGCCCACGAGCAGUGUACAUAACAUAUAGUGACGUUACGUGUUAUGAGGGGGAGUGUUAGUUUUAUACAGGCCUGAAUGACAUCCUUCUCACGUGGCGGCCAUGAUAGAUC